AUGUGCCGCCAGGCCGGGUUCUUCGUCCGCCCGCAACCAGGCCAAGCCAAGGAGGCGCUGCAUGGGGCUUUCCAGGCCCGUACCCAAGAACCCAUCACUGAUUUCUUCGGCUCUGUUCAUGGCACUCGCCCCUAUUGGUUUGGCCAUCGUCGUGAGUUACAGGCUAUGGUCCAGCUUCUCGGGGCGGCGCAUAUCUUUGUCACCCACUCGGCUGCGGAUUUACAUUGGGAUGAUCUGAUGCGCCAUCUCCCUCGUUAUCAAGAGUGGCUGAAGAGUAUAACCUACAAGCAGAUCCGGAUUGCCAUGGAGAACCUUCGCGAUAACCCUCAUUAG